AUGUCCUUCAAAAGUGAUCUUCCAUCGAAUGAAUGUGAAACAGUUUAUGAAUCCUCAACUAGUCGUUGUUGGAUCUGGAAUCAUUUUCUAUCCUCUGAUGAAUCAUCUCUUCUCUUUAGGCAAAUAUCUGAUUUAGAAUUAGAACAUCAUCCACCUAUUUUUAUUUUUGGUCGUGCAGCAAAUCUACAACGUUCUGUAGGUUUUUACAGUGAUACCAGUCACGGUUAUGCGUAUACAAAUCAGAUUACAAAAUCUCAACCAUUAGCUCCAUUCUUAUUGGAUUUAUUAGAAAAAGUUAAUAACGUCUUGAAAACAAAUUUUAAUGGAAUUUUAAUUAAUUCUUAUGAAAAUGGAUGCGAAACAAUUGGAGCUCAUUCCGACGAUGAAAGAGGUUUAGACGAUACAGAUGGAAAUAGACGAGUUGCUUCAAUAUCAUUAGGUAUCUAA